AUGGCAGCUCAAGUCCCCACUGAAGCUCUCAAGGAGCUCAACGUGGCCGAUGGCUCUCAGAAGCCCGGCGCAAACACACAAUCAAAGACCGAUGCUGCCGGAGACGAUCACGGCGAAGAUGACUCCGAAGACGAAGCCAACGGCACUGCUCCCGCCGAGGGAGCCGCCAAAAAGAAGAAGAAGAGAAAGCCCAAGAAGAAGAAGAAGAACCCUACCAGCCAGAGCGACCCUCCUCGAGUCCAGGUCAGCCAGUUGUUCCCUAACAAGUCCUACCCUCACGGAGAGGAGGUUGAAUACAAGGACGAGAACAACUACCGAACUACCGAUGAGGAGAAGCGCCAUCUCGAUAACCUGAACAGCGACUUCUUGGCCGACUACCGCGAGGCAGCCGAGAUUCAUCGCCAGGUUCGACAGUGGACUCAGAAGAAUGUCAAGCCUGGACAGACCUUGACUCAGAUCGCUGAGGGAAUUGAGGAUGGUGUCCGUGCUCUCACUGGACACGCCGGACUAGAGGAGGGUGAUAGUAUCAAGGCUGGUAUGGGUUUCCCUUGUGGUCUGAGUCUCAACCACUGCGCCGCGCAUUACACUCCCAAUGCCGGUAACAAGAUGGUUCUCCAACAGGAGGAUGUCAUGAAGGUCGAUUUCGGUGUCCACGUCAAUGGUCGUAUUGUCGACUCUGCCUUUACUAUGUCCUUCGACAACAAGUACGACAACCUUCUCAAGGCCGUCCAGGAGGCCACUAACGCCGGUAUCCGCGAGGCCGGUAUCGAUGCUCGCGUCGGUGAAAUUGGUGGUGUCAUCCAGGAGACCAUGGAGAGCUUCGAGGUUGAGAUCGAUGGAACCACGUACCCCGUCAAGAGUAUCCGCAACCUCACAGGCCACAACAUUCUGCCCUACAGCAUCCACGGAACCAAGGCCGUACCCAUCGUCAAGAGUAACGAUCAGACCAAGAUGGAGGAAGGCGAUGUCUUUGCCAUUGAGACCUUUGGAAGCACUGGCAAUGGAUACGUCCGCGACGAUAUGGAGACGUCGCACUAUGCUAAGCGAGGAGACUCGCAGCACGUUGAUCUCCGCUUGAGCUCGGCCAAGUCUCUGCUUAACGUGAUUAACAAGAACUUUGGCACUCUGCCGUUCUGCCGCCGAUAUCUGGACCGUCUUGGCCAGGACAAGUAUCUACUUGGACUCAACAAUCUGGUCAACGCUGGUAUCGUCGAAGCGUACCCGCCCUUGUGUGACAAGAAGGGCUCGUACACUGCUCAGUUUGAGCAUACCAUUCUGAUUCGACCCACCGUGAAGGAGGUCAUCAGCCGUGGAGAUGACUACUAG